AUGGACAGGGACGACUACCGCGACCGCGACCGCGGCCGAUGGGACGAUCGCAGAGACGGCGGCCGCGGGAACGACCGACGGGACGACCAUCGCGGCGGCGGCGGCGGCGGAGGCGUCGACCGCGGCGGGAGCGGGCGAGAUCGCUCGCGCGAUCGCGACGGAGGGAGGCAUCAUCCGUACGGCGGCGGCGGCCGCGACGCGCACAGAGGAGACGCGCGUCGGCGCGACGACGAUCGCGGGAAGGAUACGAGGGACGAGGAGCGCGACGCCGGCGGCGCCGCGACCGCGAAGCGAGCGGAGGUGCGUCGUCGGAGCGACGAGACCCCGCGGCGUGAACAAGGCACCCUCCGCCGGGAGGAGGAACGCAAACGCGACGAGGAACGCCGCGCGCGACUUCAGGAGCGCGACCGCGAGAAGGAGCUCGAAAGCAUCAAGAACAUGUACAUGGGCCAGAAGAAGGAAAAGAAAAAAGUCGCCAAGCCGUCGGACAAGUUCAAGUUCAAGUUCGACUGGGAAUCGAAAGAGGACACGAGCCGGGACUUGAACGAGCUGUACGACCGCACGUACGACGCGCCGCUCGCGUUCGGGAGAGGGCUGCGCGCGGGCGUGGAUCGCAGGGUGCAGAAAAAGGAAAACUCCGCGCAUCAGAUGUCGUUGAUAUCCAAGUCGCGAAGCGAUCACGGCACCGCAAUGAGCGCGCGCGAGCGACGCGAGGCGGAGGACAAAGAGCGACGCGACGACGAAGCGUACGAGCGCGCGGAGAGGAAGACGCAGUCGGAGCACUGGUCGGAUAAGAAACUGGAGGACAUGAACGAGAGGGACUGGCGCAUCUUCCGCGAGGACUUUAGCAUCACUACGAAAGGAGGAAGGCUGCCCAUGCCGAUGCGGUGCUGGGAGGAAACGUCCUUGCUGCCGGAGAAAAUUUUACGCGCGAUUCAAAAGGUUGGCUACGCGAAGCCGUCCCCGAUCCAGAUGGCGUCCAUCCCCAUCGGCCUGUUAAAGCGCGACGUCAUCGGCAUCGCGGAGACCGGCUCCGGGAAAACCUGCGCGUUCGUCGUGCCCAUGCUCGCGUACAUCAUGGAGUUACCCGUGAUGACGGACGAAGUCGCCGCGCACGGACCGUACGCGCUCGUGAUGGCGCCGACGCGCGAGCUCGCGCAGCAGAUCGAGGAGGAGACGACCAAGUUCGCGCACUUUUUAAACUACCGCGUCACGUCCGUCGUCGGCGGGCAGAGCAUCGAGGACCAGGGGUUCAAACUCCGACGCGGGUGCGAAAUCGUCAUCGGCACCCCCGGACGCGUCAUCGACGUCCUGGAGCGCCGCUACACGGUGCUCCAGCAGUGCAACUACAUCGUUCUAGACGAGGCCGAUCGAAUGAUCGACAUGGGGUUCGAGCCGCAGGUCAUGAGCGUCAUGGACAGCAUGUCCGCGGAUAACUUGAAGCCGAUCGACGAGGCGGAGACGAUCGACGCCGGCGGGUUGGAAGCCGGCGCCGCGGGGACGCGGUACAGGAUGACGUACAUGUUCAGCGCGACGAUGCCGCCGUCCGUGGAGCGCCUCGCGAGGAAAUACCUGCGCAACCCCGCGGUCGUGAACAUCGGCAGCGCGGGGAAGACGUCGGACCUCAUCAAACAGGUCGUGAUGUGGAUGACGAGAGGCGCGAAAGAGACGCAGCUCGAGCUCGUGCUGUCGCGGUACCCGGACACGCAGGCCAUCGUCUUCGUGAACACGAAGCGCGCGGUGGAUCACGUCCAGUCUCUGUGCGUGAAGCAGGGCUACUCCGUGGCGUCCAUCCACGGCGGGAAGAGCCAAGACCAGCGCGAGGACUCGCUGAAGGGAUUCAAAGCCGGGGAGUACGACAUCCUCGUCGCGACGGACGUCGCCGGACGCGGCAUCGACGUGAAGGACAUCGACCUCGUCGUGAAUUACGAGAUGCCGCUCGUCAUCGAGAAUUACACGCACAGGAUCGGGCGGACGGGGCGCGCGGGGCGGCAGGGCACCGCGGUGUCGUUCAUAACCUCAGAGGACACGGACGUGAUGUACGACCUGAAGGAGCUCUUGACGAACAGCGGGAACGCGGUGCCGCCGGAGCUGGCGCGGCACGAGGCUGCCAAGGUGAAGCCGCAGCGGGACGGGAAAGGCGGGUGGGGGAACAAGCUCACGAACGAUCAACUCCGGGGGAUGCAGAACAUCACGGACUGA